GUGCGUGCGCGCGUACGUGUCUAUCGACGAUAUGUGAUGCGGGAACCAGUCGGACCACCAACCUGUGACAUAAAAGCGAAGAGUUCCUCAUCUUAAUCAAAGGAAACAACAUGAAUUCAUCAUUGAAAGACUCUGAUUCUAAAACGACAUCGACACAGAAUGGAAGCACCAACGAUUCUGAAAACGAAAAUGACGAAAAUUCCUUGAAAAUCGGCGAUACUUUCUUGAUAAAGCGACACGACAACACGUGGCAUAAUGCUGAAAUUGUGCAGACAAGGAAGAAUGAACAAGAUGGAGGGAAAAAGGAGUACUAUGUACAUUACAAAGGAUUCAACCGACGUAUGGAUGAAUGGGUGGGUAAAGAGAAGGUGAAUGUUCAACAGCUUCCCCAGGAGAGGCAGAAAUCAGAGACCGGAGACUCCCUGGAUGAUUCAGACAGAAAGAUCACCAGAAACCAGAAGAGAAAACACGACGAGAUCAACCAUGUUCAGAAGAGCUAUGCAGAAAUGGAUCCAACAACGGCUGCAUUGGAAAGAGAGCACGAAGCUAUAACCAAAGUGAAGUAUGUCAACAGGGUGCAGAUCGGCAAGUACGAGAUAGACGCUUGGUAUUUCUCACCAUUCCCUGAUGACUAUGGGAAACAACCCAAGCUGUGGAUAUGUGAAUACUGCCUCAAAUACAUGAGAUUUGAGAAAACAUUCAGAAAACACCUGGGUGAUUGUCAAUUGAAGCAGCCCCCAGGAAGAGAGAUCUAUAGAAGAGGCUCAGUCUCUGUUUAUGAAGUCAACGGAAAAGACCAUAAGCUGUACUGUCAAAACAUGUGUUUACUUGCCAAGCUCUUCCUCGAUCACAAGACGCUUUACUUUGAUGUCGAGCCGUUCCUCUUCUAUAUCCUAACAGAGGUCGAUAGAAAUGGCGCUCAUCUCGUCGGCUUCUUCUCAAAGGAGAAAGAAUCCCCAGAUGGUAACAAUGUAGCUUGUAUUCUAAUCCUACCGCCGUUCCAGAGGAAAGGAUAUGGCAAACUCCUUAUUGCAUUCAGUUAUGAGUUGUCAAAGCUAGAGAACUGUGUUGGCUCACCGGAGAAACCUCUAUCUGAUCUUGGGAAGCUAAGCUAUCGAAGCUACUGGUCUUGGGUCCUACUGGAGAUUCUAAGGGACUUCAAGGGAACAUUGUCAAUCAGAGACUUAAGUCAAAUGACAAGUAUCACCCAACCCGACAUCAUCAGCACCCUACAAGCCCUGAACAUGAUCAAGUAUUGGAAGGGGCAGCACGUGAUCUGUGUCACCCCAAAGCUGGUUGAGGAACACCUGAAGAGCGCUCAGUACAAGAGACCCAGACUGACUGUGGACAGUAGCUGCCUGAGGUGGCAGGCCCCAAAGAAACCUCAGCUACACUCUAGAGGGCAGAAGAUGAAGAAAUGAUAGACGGACUUUGUGGAUAUCGUAGGAGAUCAGUACUGACCGCCACUUUGGCACUAACGUUGGCACUAACGUUGGCACUAACAAUGCGCUAACAGAGGCCCAGUUACAACCGGUUAUGUCACAGCAGUUCCUUAAUGUAAGACCAGCACGUUAUGACAGUUCAAUAUCACAGUCUGAAAGAUGUGACUGGGCCUAAACUGAUAGUGCUCUGUCAGUGCUAACGUUACUGUGUGGCCGGUACAGUUUUUCAGUGAGCUGAUGAAAGAUGAAAAUUGAACGAUGAAAGAUGAUAGAGUAACUGGUAAUGGAAUAGCAGGAAGUUAUUCUUUGAAGGGAAUCUGUAUUCAAAAGAUGGUUGUAUUGUCAAAGGUACUUUUGAAGAAGCUUUAAUGGGCAGUUCUAUCAAAUAUGUACAUCUGACCCCCUGUUUUGAGGAAACUUCCUGAAGGGAUUUUUCAGGCCAAGAAAUUUAUGUGAUGGGAUAGCAUAUUUGGCUGAGUCCAAGAUAUGCAGAUUUUAUUACAGGUGUUUUCAGUCAGUGGUUUUUCACAGAGUAUGGUAUCAGCUAAUCACAAACUACUCCCCACGAAAGCUCAAGGUGGCUAUUAAGAGGAAAGUUUAUGAUGAGAUAGAUAAGGGAGAUUGGAAGAAGUGAAAUCAUUCUUUAAACAGAUAAUAGUGAAACAUGCUCUUGAUGGCAUUUUUCAGAUGGUAUUCUUGAUUUUCCAAGGUAUUUUGAAGAUUUUUAAAGUGCAAAAUGAUUCGGAAAGGCUUAUAUAACAUUCUUCUAAUACCUUGUUCGUUAGAGCUGGAUUAUUCUUAAUUGUCCAAGGUAUUUGGAAUUCUGUUCAAUUUUAAAACAAUAUGUGAAGGUUCUUUUACAUAAAUAAGUAAUGCUUCUUUGAAAACUUAUUCUGAAGCGAUAUUUAGUGUUUCACAAAGUUAUUUAUCAGUGAUUGUUACAACUGGUAGUUGUUACUGAAAUCCUUUUCCCUGAUUGGUUGAUAGGAAAUAUGGCGGUGAAAGUCACUGACAGAUUGCCUCAUGAAACUGUCUCCUUGGCUCUUAAAGUACUCCAGGUAAGGAGAAGGAAGGUUUAUUGAUGCAAUAGAUAUUUCUGAAGUAUAGUGAGGUGCAUGUAGUUCAAAUGAUAUAUGUUUGAUUUUCUUGAAUUGAAAAUAAGAAUCUGUAAUGAGAUUUUUUUCCUCAAUCGAGUUGAUUAAACCGUUUUAUCUUGUGUGCUAUACAUGCAUGUACCUAUGUUAUAUAUACAAUCCAAUUUCUGAUGUAUAUUAUCAUUUAUCAUCUACAAGGCUCAGAAGGUGUGGGGUAUAUUUUCUGUGAUCUCCAAAUUAUGAGAAAUUUAAACUUCAUGAUAAAUAUCAAGCCUUGGAAUUGGCAUGCUUGUGACCUGUAUUUUUAUUUCAAAAAAUAAUUUGAAAGUCAUGAAAUUCAAUAAUGCUGUUAUGGACAUUCAAUGUUUCAAUAAAAACUUCAUAUUCAUUACUUUUGAUUUAACCCCUUUAAUAAAAUGGUUGAAAUUUGAUGUGGACUUUUUUUUUUUUUUUUUAUCUUGGUUGAGGAGUAAAAUUUCCAGUCUGGGCUUCUCUACAUCACAUUGAUUGGAGUUUUUAAUUCAUUAUAAUUUCCUUGGAAUCAUUUUACUGUUUUAUGAGCCGUUGUUGCCAUGGUAGUUAUCAUUGAUGGCAAAAAUAAAUCAGAAAUGGUCAGAUUCAUAACUUGUAAUUAUACAUGUAGCUUUGAAUAACAAGAUUGUUUUAGCAUAGGUCCAUGGUUUUAGUGAUGGUAAAUAUGACAGGUUAUUUUUACUAGUACCGAUACUUUCUAUUUUUUUUAGGGGGGGGGGGAGCAUUGCAGUUUGUUAAAAGAUUUGGCAGUAACAUCUAUUGCAGACGGUUGACAAUUUAAUACUUUCCUCUGAAUAUAAUUAGAUGAUACACCUUUGUUUGGUUUUAUUGUUGAAUUGAUUUGUAUUCAUACUGGCAUUGCUUAUUUCAUGUUUUUUCCAUCUAAAUGUAAUGUUUUUAUUAGUGAUGCCCUUCAUGGCUGUCAAAAAAAUAAUAGCAAAUGGCAACUCGUCCUAAAUUCAUGUGUUGUAAAGAACAUGUUUUGCAUAAUGUGGUCUGAAAAUUGCUUCACAUUGCAUUCUUUUAUUUUGUUGUUUGGACAUUUGUGAGGAAUCGGUAGUAUAUAUGUAAUUUCAUGGUUCCAAGACACUAGCUCCUGCGACAAUUGAUCCUACUGGAAACGCACGUAAUAAGCCAAACAUAACCAGAGCUUCAAAUAUGACUAAUCUUAAUCAUCACAUUAUUCUCAUUCAAAACCUGUCACCACCCUCACUGAAUAUCUUCUGAUAAAUUAGCAGAGGAGGAAUUGUCGUAAGAGUAAAUGUCGCGUUGCCAAUUUCACUGUAGAUACAUGAUGUCAUGUAAAUAUAAAUAUUUGACAUGUUAUUUUAGUAUUAUGUAUAUAGCGCUCUGUGAAUAUGUGAAUCCUUCAGAAGUUGUGAAUAAAUUUCUUACAAAAACGA